AUGACCACAUCUCAUUUUGCUAACCCCCCGCAAGAGGAGGCGGUGGAAACCACCCCUGAUAGUGAGCUUGAUUUGAAAAAAUUGAUCGAGCAACAAUACCAAACGACUGAUCACAGUUCAAAAGAGGACAACGGGUACUCUAAAAGUGAGCAAGAUGAGUUCAAUAACCUAUCAAGAGAAACCAAGUUUGAUAGAUUGAACAACUUGAUCGAAAAAUCGCAAAUUUACUCUAAAAUCAUCGCGGACAACAUUUUACAAUCGGUGUUGGCCAAGAAUGAUAAUAGCAGUCAGACAACUUCGUCACAUGGGCAUUCGGAAUCAAGCAUUGGAAAGGCUUCUUCGACCAAGAGUCUGCCUGCAAGGAAAAAGAGAAAGACUACAAAAAAUAUGCCCAAGAAAAGCCAGGACGUCGUUUCGAUGUUGAAAACGGAUAUUUCAGAGAGUACGGUAGCCACAAGAGAAGCUAUUGAGAAGUCGCAGAGCGCGCAUACUAUGAAACAGCCUAAGAUAGUUUCCGGAUGUGUAAUGAAGGACUAUCAGUUGGACGGCUUGGAAUGGUUGGUCACGUUGUAUGAAAAUGGUUUAAAUGGAAUUUUGGCCGACGAGAUGGGUUUGGGGAAAACAUUGCAAUGCAUUUCAUUUUUGGGCUAUUUGAUAGAAAAUGGUAUCACUGGACCCUUUUUGGUUGUCGUUCCUUUACUGACCUUGUCCAAUUGGUAUAACGAAUUACAGAAAUUUGCACCCAAAAUCAAAGUCCUAAAGUAUUCUGGGAGUAAACAAGAAAGAGCUCAGUUAAAUUUGGAGGGCAAAAAAUUCAAUAUUGUUCUUACGUCAUACGAAAUCUCGAUGAAAGAUUUCGGGAAAUUUUCAAAGGUGACGUGGCAAUACUUGAUCGUAGAUGAGGGACACAGGUUGAAGAACAGUCAGUGUUUGUUGAUAAAAGUUUUGAAGAAAUUAGAUGUGACCAAUCGAUUGUUGUUGACAGGAACACCAUUACAGAAUAACUUGAACGAAUUAUGGUCGCUUCUUAACUUUAUCUUGCCAGAUAUUUUCCACGAUUUGGAAUUGUUCCAACAGUGGUUUGAUUUUGAUCAGUUGGCCAACUUUGAGCAAAAUGAAGAAGAUGAGGAAACAAAAACCAUUAUUAAGCUCAACAUUCAGGAAACAUUGGUCAAGAAUCUACACACCAUUUUAAAGCCAUUUAUUCUCAGAAGAUUAAAGAAAGACGUAAUCAAAGACUUGCCUCCAAAGAAGGAAUAUAUAAUACACAUACCGUUGACAGAAUUGCAACGGAAAAUUUAUCGCGACGCACUAGACGGCAGAUUGCAGAAGGGAUUAGUUGAAUCAAAUCUAAAAGAAUUCUUGGCUUACAAUCAUGCAAAUUUGUUUGAGAAUUACGAUAUAGAUGCAUUUUUGGACAAUGUCGAUUCUGUGCUAAAUGGAAACACGUUGAAGAAUGCCAAUAAAUCCUACCAAGAAGCGGAGUCAGAUGAUGAGUUUGAGACGGUAGAUGAGGUGGAUGAUUUAACUGCAAUUCCAAGGAGCUCAACUACGUCGUACGAGGAGGUGGUGAAUAAACUUGAUACUUUUGGAGGUCGAGAAGAUAAGCAAAUAGCAGUUUUGAAGGCAUUGUACACCGAUAUCGUCUCGCACAUUAAACAUUUAAAGUUGCAAGCCCUUAAAAUGAUUCAAUUACGAAAUAUUUGCAAUUCCCCUUACUUGUACUAUGAGCCCUUUCCUAUUGAUGGGCAACAUGACGACCAAUUCGUUUCCAAGCUUGUGCAAAAUCUGACAAAAUUCCGUGCACUCGAACAAAUACUACUUCCGUUGAUUGCAUCUGGACACAAGUGCUUGAUAUUUUCCCAAUUUACAAGGGUUAUGGACUUGAUACAGGAUUGGUUACACUUUCAAAACAUUGAUGUCUGUCGCUUAGAUGGAUCUACUGCACAGGCUGAAAGAGAGGACCAAAUUUCUCUUUUCAAUGAAAGUCAAUCCUCUGUGAAAGUGUUUUUGUUAUCAACAAGAGCAGGCGGCUUGGGAAUCAACUUGACUGCAGCCGAUACAGUAUUUUUAUUUGACAGUGAUUGGAACCCGCAGGUUGAUCUUCAAGCAAUUGAUCGUGUUCAUCGUAUUGGUCAAGAAAAACCAGUCAAGAUAUUUCGUUUUGUUGUUCGUGACUCAAUUGAAGAAAUUUUGAUAAGCAAGUCUAGCUCCAAGAGAUUUCUUGAGAAAUUGAUUAUACAAAUGGGCGAGUUUAAAUUCAGCAAAUUAAAACAAAUGAUGGGGAACAGUGGCAGUGAAUUGGAUGCAAGCAUGAAGGAAUUGUUUGAGUGGAGUAAACAUAAUUUCAACUCUAGCGACUUGCCUGACAAUAAACAACAACAACAACAACAACAACAACAAGGGAACAACAAGCCUGUGACAAAUGAAGAAUUACAAGAGUUGCUUGAUAGGUCUGACGCUUGCUACCAAAACACCGAUGACUCCAAAUUCAAAAACAUAACCAUCUUUGAAACUACGAAUAAUUUAGAUAAAUAG